GUCAUCGGCAGUUGCGGCGUUGUGCUGUAGCGCAGCUCCGGUUAGGGGCAAGCAGUAAGAAACCUAGCACAUCAUUUUCAAGCAAGAGAAACAGAGGUAAACAAGGGGAAAAAUAUGGAUGACGACGUCCUGACUACUUUGAAAAUUUUAAUAAUUGGAGAGAGCGGUGUGGGAAAGUCCAGUCUUCUUCUGAGAUUCACAGAUGAUACGUUUGAUCCAGAACUUGCAGCUACUAUUGGUGUUGACUUUAAGGUGAAGACUAUUUCAGUUGAUGGAAACAAAGCAAAGCUUGCAAUAUGGGACACUGCUGGGCAGGAAAGAUUCAGAACUCUAACACCUAGUUACUAUCGAGGAGCACAAGGUGUAAUCUUGGUAUAUGAUGUGACGAGAAGAGAUACUUUUGCCAAGCUAGAUAACUGGUUAAACGAACUAGAGACGUACUGUACAAGGAAUGACCUUGUCAAAAUGUUAGUUGGGAAUAAAAUUGAUAAGGAAAACCGAGAAGUGGAUCGAAAUGAGGGUCUUAAGUUUGCAAGGAAACAUUCUAUGCUUUUUAUAGAGGCAAGUGCAAAAACGUGUGAUGGCGUACAGUGCGCAUUUGAAGAGCUUGUGGAGAAAAUAAUUCAGACUCCCGGCUUAUGGGAGAGUGAAACAUCAAGCAGAGGAGUAAGGCUGACGGACCAGGAAGCUGGAAGAUCAGGUGGAAGCUGUGGUGGAUACUGUGCACUCCUGUAGAAUGUUGAAGGCCUUUUAAACAGCUGAUGAACUGUAUUCUUAGUAUCUGAUAGGGCCAUUGCUCUUUGCACACUUUCAGAAAUCACAGCAGUGAUUCAUUUUUGUAACAAAAGAUAAAACACCGCUUACCUGACAUUGCAACGAUCCAAUCCAAGAGUAUUCAUUUUGUACAGGGAUAGUUCAGAGCAUGUCAGGCAUAAGUUAUGUAGCAAAAAUACUAGUGACUAAACAAAACGCAUCCAUCCUCUGCUUUUGCAGAUCAUCGUCAUAUUACCAUCUCUUUUUUUUGUCCUGUCAACAGAUUUUCAUUUUAUUUUGUAAUCUGCCAUUGGGGUCAUUGCCUCGUUUAUACUCUAGCACAAAUAUAUCGAACCAGAAUCAUUUAUGUUCCUUUCAUCAUUUUUUUCUAUGGAGCACUGCAUGAAUUGGACUGCUGCUGCUGUUUUAAUAAUUUUAAAGGUGUUUCACCUUGUUUAAAUGCAAUGCAUACUUGAGAACGUGCUCCCCUAUAAUCCUUAAGAAGCUGUCUGAAAUAACCGUUAGAGUAUGUUUGUAUUCCUGAUUCUAACAUUAUUCUUAUUCAAAAGAGUUUAAGCUCUUGAGGACAGCAUCUUGGCUUUCUGUUGAAUGCAUGUUGUCUUCUGCUUCCUUUCCUGCUGAUUCAUUUUCUGAUACUCACUUUUAAAUGUUAAAUCUGUGGAAUUAUUAUGUUUAAAAUAUCAAGCAUUCCUUUAUUUUUUUUAUUUUUUUGAAUGAUGCCUCCUGGAGUUUUUGCAUGUUCGGAAAACACUACCAAAUCAGAGUAUUUGGAAAACAAAAUCCUUGAGCUUUUUGUUUUUCUUUCUAUGUUUGCCAGAGUGAAAACUUUUAGUGCUGACCAUGUUUACAAAAGAGCUACUUCUAUAGAAAUUAACCAAAUUAUCUGUAUAGUGUACAGAUAUUUUAGCAUAUGCCUUCCACAUAUGAUGUGUAGUUGCAUUACAUUUAGGGUAUGUACUUCAUUGUAUUACAUUCUCUUUUAGCUGAAUUUUGUAAAAGAAGAAAAACUAGAGAGUUGUAUUUACCCUACUCAGUUUCAAAAUUGAAUUUGUUGUCCUAAUUGUGCUUUUUUUAAGUUAAUUGGUCAAAUCUAAAAAUGGUUGUUGGUUUCCUAUAAUAAUAUGUACAGUUAUUUUUGUUUUCCUGCACAACAUAGCUGUCCAUGGACUGGCAGUUUUACUGAAAAUCGAUUAAAUAGGCCAUUGAUAUCUGUGUUUAAUUUGGUGCAUUUCACAGAAAUGACAGGUAUGUUUUCAUCAGAUUUUUAAUUUUUGCAAAAAAAAUCCUUUUUGUAUUUAUAUAUAAUAUGCUGUUUUGAAGAAUACAUUGAUUACAGAACUGUGUUUGGCUGCAUUCAUAUGCUGUUCAUUGCAUUUUAAAAAAUAUAACAUCCAAACAGUACUGUAAAAACAACAUUUAAGACUACAGACUAUCCUCAAUUGUAAAUAAAGUAUAAAGUGAAAAGUAA